AUGUUGAAUGAAUGGAUUUUUGAUAUUCAAAUUUGGUAUGCUUUUUUAAGUAACAAGAAAAAACGCAGAAUAGUAUUUGAAUUCGAACAUUUGGUCGUAUCAACCGUGUCAUCCAAAGAAACAGAGCUAGAUAUAGAGAAUCAAAACACUUAUUUACACAAGCCCAGUGAGUACAUUCCUUCCUCCCAUUCCAUUAACGAGUACAUUCUUUAUUGGUACAAGUUCCAUCCAAUCCAAUUCUGCUCCUGUUUCACUAUAAAUCGGAAUCGAAUGAGUUUUCUCGCACGAACCUUUUCGCAGUUUAUUACCCGUUCUGGAACAACAGCAUCAACACUUCUUACCAAACCACAUAAUGUCUCAGCAUUAGCGCUUCGAUUAUCAUCGACACAACAAAGUGGUAAUGAACAAAAGAAAUAUGACUACUUGUUAGUUGAUGUCAAAGGAAAAGACUCCAAUAUUGCCCUAGUCCAAUUGAAUCGUCCUAAAGCAUUAAAUGCUUUAUGUGAUGGAUUAAUGAAAGAAUUAAGCUCUGUAUUGGAAUCACUCGAUAGAGAUGAAAAAAUCGGUUGUAUUGUCUUAACAGGCAGUACACGCGCAUUCGCUGCCGGUGCUGAUAUCCGAGAAAUGCAGAAUAAUACAUUACCACAAGUUGUAGGCGGAGGUUUUCUUGAUCAAUGGUCCGCUGUUUCCAAAAUCAAAAAACCAAUCAUUGCUGCUGUUAAUGGCUUUGCCUUGGGAGGUGGAUGUGAAUUAUCAAUGAUGUGUGAUAUUAUCUAUGCUGGUGAAGAAGCUGAAUUUGGUCAACCAGAGAUUAUCAUUGGUACCAUUCCCGGUGCUGGUGGUACCCAACGUUUGCCACGUUAUGUAGGAAAAUCGAAAGCGAUGGAAAUGGUUUUGACUGGCAACAGAAUUAAGGCGAAAGAAGCGUAUCAAAUCGGUUUAGUCAGUGCUGUUUUUCCAGCGAAUCAACUUGUUGAUGAAGCGAUCAAGACAGCAGAGAAAAUCGCUAGUCAUUCAAGAAUUGUCGUACAAUUAGCGAAAGAAGCCGUGAAUGCAGCGUUUGAAACAACAUUGGCUGAAGGUAAUCGAUUUGAAAAACGUCUAUUCCACACAACAUUUGGUCUGGCUGAUCGAAAAGAAGGCAUGACAGCAUUUAUUGAAAAACGUAAACCAAACUUUACCGGUCAAUAA